GCUCCGCGGCGGUGCUCGAGUCGGUUUCGGAUUCGUUAAUUGGAUUGUGGUGGUGUACAUCUCGCACGUGUUACAACAUCGAAAGCUUCAAGUGGUUCCCAAUUAAACUCAAAAAAUACAGCGGUGCUAUUAUUUAAAUACGUCUAGUGAUAAGUGUAAGCAAUUAAGUAAAUAAUUUGACGGAAUUAAAUUAUUCAACUGGCAGCUAACAGCGCCCCCAUGACAGGAUGGAUAGUAGCGUCAAGCCGGAACGAAAAAAUCCCCGUGAACGGGCUAACUGCCUGUCACAAUUGAUAUUUGCCUGGGCGGUGCCGUUGCUGUUUCGUGGUUCGCGACAAGGCCUCACUACAGAUGACCUAACUGCAUGCCUGAAGGACGAUCACUCCGAGCAGCUGGGCGACCGAUUGGAGGAGGAAUGGUACAAGGAGUUGGAACACGCCCAUCGCAAGUCACAUAAGCCAAGACUGCGCAAUGCUUUGUUCCGCUGUUUCAAGGGACCCACAAUAAUCAAUGGCAUUAUUUGCUUCGUCUACAUUGUUAUAAAAACGCUUAUACCCGUCAUUUUGGCACAGCUUUUGCUGCAGUUCCAACAAGGACAGUCUCCCGUGGCGGGCGUGGACCAAAUCGAUGCCCAGCAUUUUGCAAGUGCCCUUAACCGUACCGCACGAGGUGUAAAGUUAACGUCGUCACCAAAUUUUGAAGUUAAUUCGCCCAAUGCACUGGAUGGCAAUGAUCCACUUAAAGAGCACAUUAAAGGCACCUUCCCAGAGGAAGCAGCCAAUAUCACUGAAUUGAAUGCCUUGGAGGAAGGUCUUCGAUACGUUUGGAAUGAUGUUUCUAGUCUUGCUGCGGUGCUGGUCGGUUCAACGCUGUUUGCCUGCUUCCUUAUACAUCAUGUGGAUCUGCGUCAACGUUUGAUGGGUGCUCGAAUGCGGAUUGCCUGCUGUUCGUUAAUUUAUCGGAAGACCCUUCGGUUGUCCAUGAAGACAGCGGGUCAGACUCCAGCUGGCUAUCUGAUUAAUCUACUCUCAAAUGAUGUUAAUCGCCUCGACUAUGGAUUCAUAUUUGUGCACUGGAUUUGGAUAUUGCCAUUCCAUGCGGUGCUCACAUGUUAUCUCAUUUGGUUGCGCAUUGGCAUCCCAGCCCUAGUUGGUGUUAUCGGAUUGCUGCUGAAAACCGUACCCCUGCAGUCGGCGUUGAGCAAAUUAACCUCAAUACUUCGACUACGGAUUGCUGAGCGCACGGAUGCUCGUGUGGGUAUCAUGAACGAACUGGUGCAGGGCAUACAGGUAAUCAAGAUGUACGCCUGGGAGAAACCCUUCCAAGCGGUGGUCGCCGAAGCAAGACGAUCCGAAAUAAAGCAGAUUCGCUAUGCUUCGUACCUGCGUGGAUUCUACCUCAGCACCAUGGUAUUCACAGAGCGUUCCACUUUGUAUAUAACCCUAGUUGCAGCCGCUUUAAUGGGACAGCAAAUAACGGCAGAUUUUGUGUUUUCGGCAGCCAGUUUCUACAACAUCCUGCAGUUGGUGGCGGCUAUUUGGUAUCCGCUUGCGGUAACCUUUGGCGCCGAAGCUCUGGUCUCCCUUCGUCGCAUUCAGGCCUUUCUCCAGCUGGAAGGUCGCGACGAGAAGGUGCAGGGAUUGACACACAAGAAAAAGCAAGAUAUGGGAGAUACACGAGCCAUUGUUCUUAAGGACAUCAGUGCCAGCUGGGACAAGGAGAAGCCUCAACGCACACUUCAGAGUUUUAACCUGCAGAUCCAGAAGGGUCAGCUCUGUGCGGUCAUUGGUCCGGUUGGAGCGGGCAAGAGCUCGCUGCUCCAGUUGCUUCUCGGUGAGCUUCCCAUAGUUGACGGUGGCGCUGUUUUGCAGGGUGAGCUGUCAUAUGCAUCGCAGGAGCCUUGGCUCUUUACUGGCACCGUUCGGAAUAAUAUUCUCUUUGGUGAAGAAUACGAGCGCAAGCGUUACCAAGAGGUCACCAGAUGCUGUGCCCUCACCACCGACUUCCAGCAGCUCAGCAGCGGUGACAAGACAAUUGUUGGAGAGCGAGGAGCUUCACUUUCCGGUGGUCAACGAGCGCGCAUUAGCUUAGCGCGAGCUGUUUACAAGCCUGCAUCGAUAUACCUGCUGGAUGAUCCAUUGAGCGCUGUGGAUGCCCAUGUGGGGCGACAUCUAUUCGAUGAAGUCAUUGGACCGCGUGGAAGACUAGCUCGGGAGAAGGCCACACGUGUGCUGGUUACACAUCAAGUGCAUUUCCUCUCCGAGGCCGAUUGGAUUGUUAUUGUGGAGCAAGGUCGCAUCUUAAGGCAAGGCACAUAUACUGACCUUCUCAAUAGCGAAUUGGACUUUGCAAAGCUAUUGGAGCGUCCCAAGGAAGCGGAGACAUCUAAUGAUGGCUUGCAAUCGUCAUCGAGCUCAUAUCAAGAUUUGGAGGAUGAUGAUGAUAUACCCUAUAUGGAUGGGGUUCGCGAUGGCUAUCACCCAUUGCGGAAGCAAAGCAAUUCGACACAAGGUAGCAAGUCGCUGACGAGCAGCGACCAAACGGACUUACAAAAAGACGAUGAUGAUGACUUGGCCGAGGAACAAGCUUCGGGUAGUAUAUCGCCUCGAGUGUGGUACGAGUAUUUCCAUGCCGGCAGCAGCUUAUUGGGCUUCAGUUUCAUGGUGUGCAUUAUGUUGCUGUCACAGGUGGUGUGCAGCAGCUCAGACUACUUCUCGAACAUCUGGACACAGCAGGAGCAUCAGCGAUCUCAGAACAAAUCCACCACCUUUAGCACCUAUGAGUGCAUGUACAUUUAUGGCGCUCUCAUCAUUGGCGUGGUGAUUAUGAUAACAUUCCGUGGAUUUUUGUUCUUUAAGACGUGCAUGCACGCCUCCAAGGUCCUUCACGACCGAAUGUUCAGUUGUAUAUUGCAUGCGACCAUGCGAUUCUUCGAUACAAAUCCCUCGGGUCGUAUACUCAAUCGAUUCUCCAAAGAUAUGGGGGCUAUUGAUGAGCUACUGCCGCGUGCAAUGAUGGACUUUAUACAGAUUGCCCUGGUCAUGUUUGGCAUACUGAUUGUAAUCUCUGUGGUGAAUCCUGUGUUGAUCGCUGCAAUGCUGGUUGUGGCUAUCAUCGAUAUGCUCAUCUUGAAACUGUAUCUACGACCCUCGCAGGAUCUGAAGCGCCUGGAAGGCAUUUGCCGCAGUCCCGUCUUCUCACAUCUAAGCUCGUCUCUGACGGGACUUUCGAUCAUACGUUCACGUCAACUGCAGGAUGUGGUCGCCAAGGAGUUUGAUCUGCUGCAGGAUGUGCACAGCAGCGUCUGGCAACUAACUAUGGCGGCCAAUACGGCAUUGGGACUGUGGCUGGACUGCGUCAGUUGCGCCUUUCUAACGUCAGUGACCUUUAGUUUUAUCAUAUCCAACGAAAGCACCUAUAGUGGCAAUGUUGGUCUGGCCAUUUCACAGGCUAUGAUACUCACUGGCAUGGUGCAGUAUGGCAUGCGGCAGGUGUGCGAGUCACUGCAGCAAAUGACUAGUGUGGAGCGAGUGCUGCAGUACACGGAACUGGACCAAGAGACGGCUGCUGUCGGCAAGGAGCCAUCACAACAGUGGCCCACUCAUGGUCAGGUAGAAUUCCGCGAUAUGAGCUGUCGCUAUGAUCCCAAUGGCUCAGCUGUGCUCAAUCACCUGAGUUUAAUUAUCGAACCUGGUUGGAAGGUGGGAAUUGUGGGACGCACUGGUGCUGGCAAAUCCUCGCUGAUUGGAGCACUCUUUCGUCUGGCCUACAUUGAGGGUGGCAUCUAUAUAGAUGGCAUCGAGACAGGCAGCAUCUCGCUGGAGACGCUUCGCACCCGCAUUUCCAUAAUACCACAAGAUCCCGUGCUCUUCUCGGCCACCAUUCGUUAUAACUUGGAUCCCUUCGAGCGCUACAGUGAUGCCGAUCUCUGGCGAGCCCUCGAAGAGGUCGAGCUGCGGUCGGCCAUUCCCGGUCUGGACUAUAUGGUAACUGAACGUGGCAGCAAUUUCAGUGUGGGACAGCGACAGCUUCUUUGCCUAGCGCGUGCGAUCCUUCGCAACAACAAGGUCUUAGUGCUGGACGAGGCUACUGCCAAUGUGGACCCUCAAACCGAUGCGUUGAUUCAGCGCUCAAUUCGAGUCAAGUUCCAGCACUGCACAGUUCUGACUGUCGCCCACAGGCUGCAUACCGUUAUGGAUUCGGAUCGCAUUAUUGUAAUGGAUGCCGGCAAUGCUGUAGAAUUUGACGUGCCGCAUUUACUGCUCAAGAAAUCGAAGGGCGUACUAAGACAGAUGGUCGAAGCCACUGGGGGAGAGGCCGAUGCACUUAAGAACGUGGCCAAUAAUUCUUUUAAACGGAUGCAGCAGGAACGAGAGGAGCAACGAGCUCGCGAGGAGCACGAUGAUUAAAAUAUUGUGGAUCACAUAGAUACGCAUCUAACCCAAGACUUAACGUUUCGCUUAAGCAACUCAAAUUGUUGUGUUGUACAUGGAAUUAGGUCUUAUGAUUUACGUUUUUGUUUUUUGUGUGUUUGUUGCAUUGUAGGAAUU